AUGAAUUCUGAAACGGCACAGGAACUCAUCAAUGGAGCACAGGCCGCCUCGACGACAUUUGCACGACUGAUAGAAGAACCUCAAGGCGAUGAAACACCCGACGCUUCCGACCCCCGGACUAUCACGGUCAGCUUAGCUCCUAUUCUCAUACUGGAAUUCAGCGGCAGAAUUCUGGAGUGGGAAAACGUCUGGAACGUCUUCUUUCAUUCAGUGCACUCACGGAACAUCGACAACCUGAGAUGACGUAUCUUCUAGAUGCAUUGCAAGGCGAAGCCAAGAAGACCGUGAAGCAGUACGAAGUAUCGAGCCGGACGUAUCCUCUUGUGAUAAGCCAUCUCAAGACGAAAUGCAACUGCACCGCUCCAAGCGAUCGUCUACACGACUAACACCUGCUAUGCGAGGAACUCUCUGCUAUUAUAUAAUAUGUCAGCUGCAACUAAAAGGCGAACAUGUCUAUAACAGCUUUCUUCAGAAGCAGCUCUUGCAAAUUUGCAGUCAGGGUUCAACGAGCUGUUCUUCGUCAAAAGCAGCAGAUGUCCUGUGAAGACUGGAAUACAUCAUUUUUGCCUAGCACGAUUACAAAGCACAUCAUGUCGGAAAUGAACAUCUACACCAAGUCGGAGAGAAAAAGGUAUUAGCGAGGUCGUCGCGCAAUUCGGCACCAAACGAACGCAACACUCAGUCGACUACGGAGGAAAGAGCCUACACGUUCUUCUAGUGUAAGAAGCCAGGGCAUUCACCAACGCAUUGUAAGGAAGCCCUGACAAGCGCGAAGAGGUUGGAAAUCAUGAAGAGGCACAAUCUCUGCCACAAUUGUGGAGGACAAGACCAUGGAGUAGCUCAGUGCAGAAAGGGAUCGCGCAGGAACUGCAACGAGUUUGGACAGCACCCAUCCAUCUGCAAGAAAUCGACGUCUUCAUGUACGACAUCGAAACCGCUUCAUACACAGAGUAAGCCGUCUGGACCGAAUGCUUCUCACCAAAGGUGGACACUCUUUCUUCUACCGAACAGACGGUGCGAGCGAAACCGUCUGAUGUCAUUUUCACAUGCGAGACCAGCAACAGCGAUAAUCUGCUUCUCGUCGGUCAGGCGCAAGUUAUAAAUACUCUCGAAUCGAUCGCAAACUCUCGAAAAGGUUCACGUCCCACUAUACACAGGCGCUGACCGUUCCUUCAUCACUAGCUCCCUCGCCGAUCGUCCUCAACUACAGGAAGUGACUCCAAACCUCUGACGAUCACAACAUUCGGCUCUGAGACGCCAAUACAGAGAAACUAUGGAAUAACCAACAUCCAACUAUGGGACAGAGAUGGAUAUCCACGUCGUUAUUCGGUAGCAACAAACGAGAAAUCGGUGGAACCUAUGCAACGGAGCCACCUCAGCGCGGACGAUGGAAGGUUUCUCGUCGAAAACGACAUACAACUCUCGCUGAGCAAUGCCUACAUCCACCCAAAAAUCCUACUAGGAGGCAGUGACGUCUUCACGCUACUGAACAACGAACAGGGAGCUCAUCUGACACUACCGACUGGUCUAAUAAUCUCACCCUCUAAGCUAAAGUACUUAGUAGCGAGACGAGCACCUGCUCCAGCUGGUACAACAGACGUGCCAUGUAACACCAGCACCCAUCAGACGCCCGAUCAUCAAUCACUCUCAGACGAAAGAACUGAUUCCAAGACGAAUCAUGACCGACAGGAUGAGGUUGAAGACCCACAUCAUUCGGAGGUGGAAGGUUUACAACCCCGAGAAACAACCACGGACAGUCCGACAGGAUCCUUGGAUCCGUCGACCACGUCUGCCUCCCUUGUUAGACGAAUGUCGACGCCUUACCCGACAACAAAGCAAUGGCCCUUUAUUUAUCAUCUCGAGACUACGGUUGCGAAGAUUCAGGAAAAUUCAGAGCUCCUCGAACAAUAUCAUGGCACCUUCAUGAACCAGCUCGCGCUGAGCAUAAUUGAGGAAGUGGAUCCGAACGCACAACCAGUGGGAAGACGGGUACGUUCUCUACUCGACCAAGCGGUAAUCACCCCUCAAAACGAGACGACAAAACUACGAGUUGUAUUUGACGCUUCGGCCCAUCGACGAGGAUGCAGCUCCCUCAACAGCGUAUUGCAUAGAGGACCAGUAAUCCUACCCUCCCUCUAUGACAUCCUGCUGCGCUUCAGGAUUGGAAAAAUCGCACUUACGAGUGAUGUCGAAAAGGCGUUUCUUCAAGUCCGCCUACAACCGCAGGAUCGUGACGUUACAGGACUACUAUGGCUACAUUGUUCCCAAGCAGGAGUCAGUGCGGACAACAUAGUCACUUACAGAUUCACCCGAGUGACCUUUGAGCUCAGUUGUUCCCCUUUCCUCCUUGCAGGGACGAUCAACCACAACUUGAAAAAUUAUGUCGACGACAAGAGGUUUGCUAAACAGCUUCACGAAAACACGUACGUAGACAAUGUCAUAUUGACAGCCUCAUCAACGACAGAAACUUCGGAGCUGUAUCAGGUUGCCAAUGAAGUUUUCAAUGAGAUGAACAUGAACCUGCCGAAAUUCCGAUCAAACCGUGAAGAAGUGAAUGGACGAAUCAAGCGAGUGGACCUCAGCACCAGGAACAAGUAGUAUCUGUUCACGACCCCCAUGGACGGCACACUCCGCUCACAUUGCCAGCAAAAUUUUUGUUCCAGCAACUCUGGCUACACAGCUACACGUGGGACUCCCCUCUGUCUCCAGAACAUGUGCAACAAUGGAAGGAAAUCGUCUCGAAUUGUGAGGGUUUUCACUGCGAACUGUCACGGUUUAUCGAUGAAAUCGGCCAAAAGCCAACCUUAG